UCUUGACCCUUUUUAUAAUAUUAUUGUCUCUAAUAAAAUCCUCUGCUCCUUUUUUUCUUAUCCUUCACUUCUUUAGUUUUUUUAGAGCCCCGGUGGUGGUGUUCGUUUUCUACAUUUUAUUUUAUUUUUCUAUCUUCCAUCGUUUGCUCUGGUUUUUCUUUCACAAUGACAGUCCGAUCAGCUUCCAAUCAAGGUUCGUCACUCUCACACGAUGAGAUUGAGACGAAGGAGAGGAGUUCUUAUUUUGGUUUACCAGCGUUGGAUGUCUCCUUGGCUUUUCCCCAAGCAACUCCAGCAUCGAUUUUCCCCCCUUCCGCAUCAGACUAUUAUCAAUUUGAUGAUCUAUUAACUCCUGAGGAGAAGGAUGUCAGAUUGAGAGUGAGAGAGUGCAUGGAAAAAGAAGUGGCUCCAAUUAUGGCCGAGUACUGGGAGAAGGCAAAAUUCCCCUUUCAUAUUAUUCCAAAGCUUGGUGCGUUGCGCAUCGCUGGUGGCACAAUCAAGGGUUAUGGGUGUCCUGGUCUGUCUAUUACAGCAAGUGCUGUUGCUUCUGCGGAAGUUGCUAGAGUUGAUGCAAGCUGUUCUACUUUCGUUCUGGUCCAUUCUUCACUAGCAAUGCUCACUAUUGCACUGUGUGGAUCAGAGGCACAAAAGCAGAAAUAUUUACCUUCUUUGGCAGAGUUUAAGACUGUAGCUUGUUGGGCUUUGACUGAACCUGACUAUGGAAGUGACGCAAGUGCUUUGAGAACAACGGCAACAAAGGUGGAAGGAGGUUGGAUACUUGACGGCCAAAAGCGCUGGAUAGGGAACAGCACCUUUGCUGACGUAUUGGUAAUUUUUGCUCGGAAUACAACAACGAAUCAGAUUAAUGGAUUCAUUGUAAAGAAGAAUGCCCCUGGAUUAACUGCCACAAAAAUUGAAAACAAAAUUGGACUGAGAAUUGUGCAAAAUGGAGAUAUUCUAUUGAAGAAAGCCUUUAUCCCUGAUGAAGACAGGUUGCCUGGUGUCAAUUCUUUUCAGGAUACAAACAAGGUCCUUGCUGUUUCACGUAUAAUGGUUGCUUGGCAACCUAUUGGUAUAUCAAUGGGUGUCUAUGACAUGUGUCACAGGUAUCUGAAGGAGAGGAAGCAAUUCGGGGCACCACUAGCAGCUUUCCAACUCAAUCAAGAGAAACUUGUUAGAAUGCUGGGAAAUGUCCAAGCAAUGACCUUAGUUGGUUGGCGCCUUUGCAAGUUGUAUGAAAAUGGGAAAAUGACUCCAGGUCAUGCUAGCUUGGGGAAGUCGUGGAUCAGCUUGAAGGCCAGGGAAACAGUUGCCUUGGGACGUGAGUUGCUCGGUGGAAAUGGAAUCUUAGCUGAUUUUCUCAUUGCAAAGGCAUUCUGUGAUUUGGAACCUAUCUAUACAUAUGAAGGCACAUAUGACAUCAACAGCUUAGUCACAGGUAGGGAAAUCACUGGGGUGGCCAGCUUCAAGCCAGCUGCAUUAAGACAACGAAGCCGCAUGUAACAGUGUAAACUUUCUAAAUCCGACUCCUAAUGGAAAAAAUGUUCUUUAUUCCAUUGAUGAAGGGGGAUGCUUCAUAGUUCAUACAGUUUGGUGGACAAGAAACGGUUUUUAGAAAUAUAAUUGAAUUGAAUAAGGUAUUCAGGUGUUGUAAAAACAAUGAUAAAUAUAACGAAAAUGUAAUUGUAACUGCUUGAUUUGGGGCACAGUGGAAAAGUACCUUUUGUUUUUUCGCCA